AUGUCGGAGCACGGCCAGGGAGUGGAGGAGGGUCGCCGGAAAGCGGCCAGGAAGUGCUGGAAGGCGACGAAGACGGCGGUGAUCAAGGACACGUGGGUGCCGCUGUUGACGCUGCCGUGGAAAUGCGCGUUCAACUGUCUAUGCUGCAGUUGCAGGCAGGCCGGGAUAGAGGCGUCCCGCUGGGUGUGGCAGUGCGUCCAGUGCUGGACGCCGCUCAGCCUCACCGUCCUCUUGCUCUGGCUCCUCUACCGCCCCGACCGCUUCCACCCCACCGUCGACUCCGCCUCCCUCGCCUCCCUCGACCUCAAUGGCAACUCCCUCCGGUACAACCUCGCCGUCGACCUCAGCUUCCGAAACUCCAACAGACUGCUUAGCAUUAGCUACCUCGACGUGGGUGCCAGCGCCUCCUACAACGGCACCAGCCUUGGUCUGGCCGGGAACUCGCUCCCGGGUUCCUUCCAGCAAGGACCCAAGAACACGACGGUGCUGCACGCGGUUUUCCAGGGCAUGGUCACGGUGGUUGACGUGCAAGUGCAAGAGGGGUUGGCCAAGGAGCUGGAGAGGGAGCGCGGCUCUGGGGCGGUUCGUGUGAGGGUGCGCGUGGAUCUCACCAUCAUGUACAAGGUGAUUGUGAAGGAGAUCUUCUUCUACAGCUAUGAGUGCUACCUACCAUUCACCCCGCUGCCGAAUGCCGUCUUCCUCAGCGACAGCGCGCCGUGCUUCCGCGUUUGA